GGCGGGCCCGGGGGGGCGGGCCGCCUGGUAACCCCUCCCUGUCCGGGCCCCGCCGCCGAGCAGGGGGCGGGGCCCGCCGGCUGACCCCUUGCCCCCUCCCGGCCUCCGGCCUCCACCCCUUCCGGGAUCCCCGUCCCUGGACUCCCAGGGAUCCGGGAGGGAGCUCUGGCCCUGAGGUCUCCGCCCUCAGCCCCCAGCCCGUCGGGGCUGAGCCGACCAGCCCACCCACUUCCGCGAGGGUGCAGGGGCGGGAUCACGACACGGGCCGUCUGCCCGGGGGCGGAGCUUUUCCUUAGGGGUAAGAGCAACGCAUCCCGAACUGGACUGGCGGGGGACAAGGCGGCGGGUUGUAAAGGCUGGGGUGGGAGGAGGCUUAGGGUAUUGGGGUCAGGGUGGCAUUAGCCCAGCUCAAGCCGGGCUGGGCUGAUUCAGCAUCCUGCGCCGGCCAGCCCUCAUCCCCGACAGCUCUGCACUCCCCUGGGCAGAGAUGGGAGAUGGCGCCGGUGUUGCCCCUGGUGCUGCCCCUCCAGCCCCGCAUCCGUCUGGCUCAGGGGCUCUGGCUCCUCUCCUGGCUUCUGGCACUGGCCGGUGGCCUCACCCUCCUCUGUAGCGGGCACCUCCUGGUCCAGCUGAGGCACCUUGGCACCUUCCUGGCUCCCUCCUGCCCGUUCACUGUCUUGCCUCAGGCUGCCCUGGCAGCGGGUGUAAUGGCUCUGGGCACAGGACUGGGUGGUGCAGGAGCCAGCCGGGCAAGUCUGGAUGCAGCUCGAUACCCUCCCUGGCGAGGGGUCCUGAGCCCACUGCUGGUGGCUGGCACUGCUAUAGGCGGGGGACUCCUGGUCCUUGCCUUGGGGCUAGCCCUGGGUUUGCCUGGGACUCUGGAUGUGGGGCUGGAGGAGGGUCUGAAGACUGCGUUGGCUCACUACAAGGACACAGAGGUGCCCGGGCACUGUCAUGCCAAACGGCUGAUGGAUGAGCUGCAGCUGAAGCACCACUGCUGCGGGCGCCAUGGGUACAAAGAUUGGUUUGGGGUCCAGUGGGUCAGCAGCCGUUAUCUGGACCCCAGUGACCAGGACGUGGUUGACCGGAUCCAGAGCAAUGUGGAAGGCCUAUACCUUACUGAUGGGGUCCCUUUCUCCUGCUGCAACCCUCACUCACCCCGGCCUUGCCUACAAAGCCGACUCGCAGACCCCUAUGCCCAUCCCCUCUUUGAUCCCCGACAGCCCAACCUAAACCUCUGGGCCCAAGGGUGCCACGCGGUGCUGCUGGGGCACCUGCAGGGCUUGGCGAGCACACUGGGCAGCAUGCUGGCUGUGACUUUCCUGCUGCAGGCUCUGGUGCUCCUCGGCCUGCGGUACCUGCAAACAGCGCUGGAGGGGCUUGGCGGGGUUAUCGAUGGGGAAGGAGAGACCCAGGGCUAUCUCUUUCCGGGUGGGCUGAAAGACAUGCUAAAAACAGCAUGGCUGCAGGGAAGGGCUGCCCACAGGCCAGCACCUGAGCAGGCCCCACCAGAAGAGGCACCUCCUAAGGAGGAUAUACCUGAGGCCUAGUGGCCUGGAGCUUGGGGGUGGGAUGGGGAGGAGGGGAAGAGGGAGGGAUGGACAAGGCUGAAAACCUCACAACUCCUUACCAAGGCUCCAAGUUAGGGGGGUGGGGGGGGUGUCUCUGGGAUUAGAGAGGUUAAAGAUAGUCAACAAGCUGGACUGGCAUGAGAGAGAAAACCAGGUGUCCCAGGGCCCAGCUCUUGUGGCCAGAACCACCAGGGAACAGAAAAGAAGAGGGUGAUGAGUAAGUGACACAGGAAGGACUGGAGACUGCUGUUGGUGCAUGGACUCAAUAAAGCCUUUGGAUGGUA